AGCGGGGAUAGGAAUACCUAUUGGGGAAGUGCUGCAUGUUUUGCAGCCAAAACUUCUGGCAAGCCACAGUGACUCCUAAUUUGUAAGCUCAAAAAUUCCCAAAACAGGAUGUGCAUCUGUUAUCUCUGGAAUUAGGAUGAAGGAAGUGUCCUGUUUCCUACCUGGGAUGCUGAGCAUCUGGUUUAGUAUCUGGAAUCUAGCAAGUCUGCAGAAACCCAGAGGGUAUUUUGUGCCUUGUCAACCUCUGUGGGUCCCUGAACUCACAGAAGUCUAAAUUUGGCUUUUGUUAGGUCUGGGAUGAAACAAUCUGAAGAUAUCAAGACCCUCAAACCCAUGUCAGACCUGAACAGAAGCACAGGGUCUGACCAGGGAGUAUAAAACUCUUUGACUCAUUGCUUGUUUUUUGGGUUUUGAAAAGGGUUCUUCAGACACAGCCAAAUAGAAUCAUUCCCACUCCAAUCCCAGUCUCUGGUCUUCUUAGGGUUUCAGGGUAGCAUUCCCAAUGCUGUUGCCACAGGGAGGAAGAUGGAAGCAUCAUCUGCUCUUGGACUGGGUGAGAGGACCCUCCUGGUGUUUUUUCUACUGAGUGCUCUGGUCUCAAUGGGACCAUGUUUUGCCCUCUCUUUGUCUGCACUGGCCUGCUGCCUACUUCCUGCAGGCUGUUGUAUCACAUGUGACCCAACAGUCAUGGCAGCAAUAAAGUCCUUGGAGACAGAUUACCUGCCUGGACACCUGGAUGCCAAACUUCACAAAAAAGUGAUGGAUUUGGUGCACAAAACUUUGAAGGAGUUCAAGGAAAAGCCGUUGAAUGAGGGUUCCUAUAUGGGAGCCAUAGAUGACAACACAAUGAAACAGGCAUCCUGGAGCUUCGUGAAGGAGCUGAAACAAAUCACAGACAGUGAUGUAAAAGGGGAGCAAUUCGUGAGGCAGUUGUACUGGAUGUUGGAUAAGGAAAAGGAGAAUUUUAUCCACCAAGCUACGCGCUUCCAGAAGGAGGCUUAUUGUCCCAACAAAUGUGGCGUCAUGUUUCAGAGUCUGAUAUGGUGCCAGCACUGUGACAAAGAGAUUCACACAUGUCGGAAGUCCAGAGACUGCGGGGAGCGCCAUGUGGAGGUCCAUGAAUCGGAAGAGUUAACCUUGGACUGUCUGCUCAAUUGGCACCAUAUUGCUGAAGGCCUCACGGACUACAAAUAUUACAGGGUUUGGGAGAACCAUUCUGAGACCUUGCUGUACGAGGGGAAGGCACCCAUCCUGACCAAGCCGAUGGCGAGUCGAGAGGAUGAAGGCAAAUAUCGCUGCCAGCUGGACACAGUCAGAUCAGAACCAGCCACCAUCAUUUCAUUUCGUGUCACAGUGCUGCCUGGAAAAGUCCAUGAGGAGAAACCAGGAACACACAUUGAAACCGAUGAGGAUGAGGGCCCCAACGAUGAGACUUCAGGACACCAGGACAUCUUCAUCACGACCAGCCAGUCUUCCAACACUGAGAGUAUGCUGCAGAACGUCCUCUUUUGGCUGCUAAUCUCCUUUUCUAUAUUCCUAUUACUAGGACUUAUUCUCAGUGCUGGGGGCUGGGACAGAGGCAAAGGCUUUACAAGAACAAAGGGAUCAGGAACCGACCCAGGACAUCAGAGCCAGGCCAGAGCUGCUGCAGGGGCCAGGCUACCUGGUGAAAGGAAGGAGGGCAGAAGCACCCGCCCCCUUUGGAAAGCUGGCUCUCCUGUGUGCCUGUGGCUCCUUCCUGCCACCAAGCACUGGCCAUCUGGCCACCCCUGCCUCUGUCAUUGUCUCCUUGCUUUUGUGGGUGAGUCUCCUUUGUCUCUCUUCACGGAGGCUCCCAGGUCUUCCUCUUGUGACACCGGGAGCUGCAGAGGAGCAAAUGUCCUGGAUCUGCAGGAGGUGGAACUGUGGCUAGUCGGUCGGUUUAGGCGGUGUGGGGAGCCGCCAGGAACUGCGCCAAGUACAUCUCACAACUCUUCCAGGCUACGGUGA